UCGCAGCUUAUACACGCGACAGUUGCAAUUACAAAAAAUGACACCCUUAACAGUUUUGGCGCUUUUCCUCUGCGUAGCCGUAUUAGUGGAAUGCCAGGUCACCGUGCCACCGGGACCGGACGGCGGUCUGCAGGCCGCUAAGGCCAUCGAAGCGGCCGGCAUGGCGAUGCAGGCCAACCCCGGCGACAUGAACCAGGUGCAUAAAUCCAUAGGCGACAUCAUGGACAACAUACAGGCCGUCAUUCUGGUCAACUCCCCGUCGCGAUCAGGUGGUUACUACGGCGCACCCGGUCCCGUCAAUCUGCACACCGAUGAAGAUCUGGGCGCGGCCAUGUUCCAGGGUGUCGGCAAUGGCAUUAAGAAUGCCGGCACUCCCGGUGGCCGCUAAUUAAGCGUUCG